AUGGUGGGACCAAGUUACCGACAGGAGAACGGGUUUGGAUGGGAAACUUUCAAGGAUAGAGUACGUUGUCGUUUCUAUCCGGAGCACGUGAGAGCCGCCAAGUAUGAAGAAUUUCUACAUCUGCGACAAGGGAAUUCUACUGUGCAGGAAUAUUACGCCCGAUUCCUUGAACUUGCCCGGUUUGCCCCUGCCUUGAAAGCUGUUUGCGUUUUCGAAUGUCAAACUCUUGGCGAAGCGUACAGUCGAGCAGCGAAUAAUUUUCGGGUAAAUCAGCUGCAGAAGAACGUCCUCGAGAGGAAUAAGAGGAAGGCUGCAGAAAGCGAUAGAUUUGUUAAUAAGAAACCUAGGAUAGAAAGCGUCGAGCGAGAUAGGGAUUACCCUAGAAGUUAUAGUAGUGACCUUAGGAGGAACUAUCAUCCGCAGAAUCAAAUGACCACUGGAGGAAGCUGGACCAGAGAAAGACACUACUAUUGUCAAAAGUGUGGGAAGAAUCACCCUGGCGUAGAUUGUCAGGGGAACAUUGUGGCGUGUCUCAACUGUGGGAAAAGAGGUCAUCGAGCAUUCGAAUGCCGUGCUGGCAAGAAUGUGACUUCAUCCAGCUUACAUCAGCAUGGAAGCAUGGGCCAACCGUCUGUCAAUCAAUCAAAACUCAGAGUAAAUGGCGUAAGAGAUAGUAACAACAGUGGCGGCAACAUCGUGCGCCUAAACAACCAGGAUGAAACCCAGCAAAGUAAAAUCUACGUGAUGAGCAGGACCCAGGCAGGAACCAGCAACGUGAUUAUAGGUACUAGUAACCGUUAUUAA